UUUUGACUUCGUAUCCGCACUUUGCCACAGCCGAGUGUCAGUAGAAAAAAAUCCUGUUUAACAAAGCAAUCCGUGUGUGUUGUGUUGAAUAAUCUGCUGGUUUAACAAUGGCCGAUUCCGAACUGGCCCGCAAGAACUGGGAGCUGGAAAACAACGUGGAAACGCUGCCACCGAGUGAUGAAAUUUUCCGCUACGAUUCGGAACAACAGCAGCGCAUCCUUGCGGCUCGUCCCUGGGAGAAGGAUCCGCACUUUUUCAAGGAUAUCAAGAUCUCUGCGCUGGCACUGCUGAAGAUGGUUAUGCACGCCCGUUCCGGCGGUGCCCUCGAGGUUAUGGGACUGCUACUGGGUAAGGUCGAAGAGGACACGAUGGUCGUGAUGGAUGCGUUUGCCUUGCCGGUGGAGGGUACCGAAACGCGGGUCAAUGCUCAAUCUCAGGCGUACGAGUACAUGACGGCUUACAUGGAAUCGGCCAAGGAGGUUGGGCGUUGCGAGAAUGCAAUCGGGUGGUAUCACAGCCAUCCCGGGUAUGGGUGCUGGCUGUCCGGGAUCGACGUAAACACGCAAAUGCUUAACCAGAACUAUCAGGAACCGUUCGUUGCGAUCGUGGUUGAUCCGGUUAGGACUGUGUCGGCAGGAAAGGUUUGCCUUGGUGCAUUCCGGACCUAUCCGAAAGGUUACAAACCACCGAACGAAGAACCGUCGGAGUAUCAGACGAUUCCACUCAACAAAAUCGAAGACUUUGGUGUACAUUGCAAGCAGUACUACCAAUUGGACGUGUCCUACUUCAAAUCGGCACUGGACCGAAAGCUGUUGGAUUCGUUGUGGAACAAGUACUGGGUAAACACGCUGGGUAGCUCGGGAUUGUUAAGUAACGCAGAUUAUACCACCGGUCAGAUUUUGGAUCUUUCCGAGAAGCUGGAACUGAGCGAGGCCAGUCUAGGUCGUGGCCCGUUCGUGGUCAGUGGAACUGACCCGAAUGAGAAGCGUACCGAAGAUAAACUUUCGAAGGCAACGCGCGACUGCAGCCGGGCCUCGAUAGAACUGCUUCAUGGGCUAAUGGCCCAGAUCGCCAAGGACAAACUAUUCAACAUGGUCAACAUUAAAAAUAAGUAAACUCAUGGAAGGAACGGUCAUCCAAAUCACUAAGAAGAAAAUUACUUCAUAAGCUUCUUGAAAUUUAAUAAAAUCGAAACUCACGUCA